AUCAAGCGUCACGCUUUCCAGGUUGCUGCGUGACUGCUCACUUGUGUGAGACCUCGAUAGUCGGCAGCCACUUGUAAAAUUUCGCUAAGGAAAUAUCUGUGGCGGAAAACCACUAUGAUUUUCGUGUUACAGGUCACAGCUCAGCUGCUGCUCCUCAGUGUCUCAACUGUGUUGGGAUUUUCUAAAGGUCCUCCAUUGAGUACCUGUGAGAGUAAGUUCCCUCACCACAAACAUGCCCCGGCACAACAAGGACUGCCUCCCUAUAACAUCAAUGUGUCUGCACUCUUGUACAGCCCUGGAGACAACCUGACAGUGACCAUCUCAGGAUCACAGCCUUUUACAGGAUUCAUUUUGAAUGCACAGGGGACUGAAAGCUCAAUUCCUUGGCCAGUAGGAACAUUUACUCAAAUUCCAAAUUAUACAGCUUAUUUUUACUGUUCUGGAGGUAAUCCAAAGAACACAGUUGGUCAAAACAAUCCUAAGCCAGCUAAGAAUUUGAAUUCACUUCAGUUCACUUGGAUGGCUCCUGAAAAGAGCGCAGGGAACAUCAGCUUCAUCGCAACCAUCGUUCAGAACUAUUCCACUUUCUGGGAAAAAGUUACUUCACCUGUUGUUCACGGUCCGCCAGUGGAGAAUGUCACUAGAGGGACUUCAAUGGAGAGCUUUCAGAUUGACAAAAAGGGAUGUGGAGAGACCAAAGGGUGUUACUCCUUACCAUCAAACUGCGCUGGAAGUGGAGACUGUACCUAUCUUUUCACUUACAAUGUUUCUGGAAGAAAUGUUAUCAUAGACAUGAGUGCUAAAGAGCGCUGGGUGGCAGUUGCUUUUAAUGAAAAUAAGCUAAUGGAUAAGAUGGACUCCAUAAUGUGCACUACCAUGGCAACUAAUUUGGCAGAAUUUCGUCAUUUCUAUUCUAUUGGUCACAGUGUUGUCCGACAGGACCUGACUGGUAACUCUGACGUCACCUUUGACAAGAUAGUUUAUGAGGAUGGUGGGAUAAAGUGCAGGGUCACUCGUAAACUUACCUCAAAUGCAGUCUACUUUAGAGAUCUAACCAAGAAAUGGUAUCUGCUCUUCUCCUGGGGUAAAACAAGUACGUACAAUCACUCUUACAAUAGAGUUCUCUAUUUGACGUCUCAGCAACCUCUUCAAGGAACUAAUUUUAUAACCAAAGAUGGGUGCAGGAAGACAAAGAGCUGCUAUUCUGAGCCUGCAAACUGCAAGUCUAGCAAAGACUGUGAUUAUCUUGUGACCAUGAAACCCACGGGGGACCAGGGAGAGUCAGGCGAAGUGGAAUUUGAGCUUAGCGCUAAGAAACAAUGGGUGGCCAUUGGUUUUAACAAUGAAAAGGACAAGAUGGAUGGCACCGAUGCCUUAAUCUGCGCUGAAGUCAAUGAUAAAGUCACUGUAGAACAUUAUAUGGCCGACCAAGGGUAUGGUAGACCUACAAAGACCACCCCUACACCCGCCUCUAUUAUUGUAACUCUUGCUGAAUCAAAAGAUGGAGUUGUUGCCUGUCGCUUUAAAAGGAAGAAGAAAGAUGACAAGAUGGUGGAUCUUACGAAGACAUGGCAUCUUGUGUAUGCAAGCGGCCCUAUGAGUGGAGACAAGAUAGGCAUACACUCCACAACUCCAAAAACCAGCCCUCAGAAAGUGGACGUCUGUGCAAAGGGAGAGCUUGUUGCAGCAGAGAAGAGCAUUACAUUGGUACAGGUCGCAGCUCAGCUGUUGCUCCUCAGUGUCUCAACCGUGUUUGGAUUCUCUAAAGGUCCUCCAUUGAGUGCCUGCGAGAAUAAGUUCCCUCACCACAAAAGGGCUGUGGCACAACAAGGACUGCCUCCUUAUAACAUCUCUGUGUCCUCACUUUUGUAUAACCCUGGAGACAACCUGACAGUGAUCAUCUCAGGAUCACAGCCUUUUAAGGGAUUCAUUUUAAAUGCACAGGGGACUGAAAGCUCGAUUCCUCGGCCAGUAGGAACAUUUACUCAAAUUCCAAGUUAUACAGCUUCUCUUGACUGUUCUGGAGAUGAGGACACAGUUGGUCAUAAAAAUCCUAACCCAGCUAAGAACUUGAAUUCACUUCAGUUCACUUGGAUGGCUCCUGAAAAGAGUGCAGGGAACAUCAGCUUCAUUGCAACCAUUGUUCAGAACUAUUCCACUUUCUGGGAAAAAGUUUCUUCUCCUGUGGUUCAUGGUCCACCAGCAGAGGGUCCCACUAGUGGGACUUCAACAGAGAGCUCUCAGUCACAAAAGAUAACCAAAGAUGGAUGCGGGAAGACAAAGAGCUGCUAUUCUGAGCCUGCAAAUUGCAAGUCCAGCAAAGACUGUGAAUAUCUUGUGACCAUAAAACCAGAGGGGGACCAGUGUGAGUCAGUGGAAUUUGAGCUUAGCACCAAGAAACAAUGGGGGGCCAUUGGUUUUAACAGUGAAAAGAACAAGAUGCUUCACCGAUUGUUAAUGGUCUUGACAGUUGUGCUUACUAUUCUUGGAGUUAUCCUCAUUUUUGUUCAUGCUGGUCGCUGGACCAAGGAAGCUGGCGCUCAUCCAAUCACUGGUAUAUUUGUACUGGUGCUCGCUGUUAUUCAACCAAUUAUGGCAGUAUUCAGACCCCACCCCGGAGAAGAAAAACGCUACAUCUUCAACUGGGCCCAUCGUGGUGUGGGGCUGUCUGCACUGAUCCUGGCUGUGGUGACUGUGUUCUUUGGUCUUCGCCUUCCUCACUCAAGGCUAGGUGACCCCGCCUUGUACCCCAUGGUCGCCUAUUGUGUGGCUUUGAUUCUUGUGGUUGCUUACGACAUUUACGAUACUUUGACGACGUCGCGUGGCGGAGCAUCUUUCAACGUCGGUCCGUCGGGAGGGAAAGAAGAUGGUAAUGUUGAAUUGCAGCCCCCUGGCGUUCCGGUUGUAAAUAAACGGAAGUUUCUGUUUGCCUUUACGGUUCUUGUUUCAGUUGGUGUUGUGAUUGCACUUUUGGUGCUGAUUGCAAUCGCUGACGGAGAAUCUCACAAACAUGAUCACGACAGCUAAAUCAAAAGUCAAGGAGUGAGUUUAUAAGGGUGUGCUAUUAUUUCAACAUGCGAAACAAUCAAUCUCUAAGUUGAAAGCGCGGAGACUCGUAGAAAGAAUCUAUCUGAAUUUUCUUCCUGAAACAUUCAACUAAAACUUUUCAUUUUCUUCUUGUACAGUCCUUUAAAUCUCAUCCAUCGUUUAUCAUCUGUAUUUCUUUUAUUUUGUCUUUUAUAUGUGAUGUUUGUCCAAAUCUGCAUUCAAUUAAAUUGAAAAGGAAGUUACCU